AUAUACUUUCAUGUAUAUAUUUGGGACGAGAAUCGGAUUUGGAAAAUACCAGCGAGAUCGUCUCGGCCUCUCGUCUUACAAGGGAAUACAGUGUUUUUUAAAUUCGUGUAUGACUCCUACAGCCACCACGUGCUCUUUGAUGUCUCAUCAUCGCUCACUUUUUUCAUGACCACAAACUUGCUUUAUAAUCCCAACCUCCGUGAAACCACCAGUUGGAAACUGUGGCUUUCCCCCCUCUUGAUCGCCUUGACCACAAGUUGGAUUAGAAAUUUUCUCCCCAAAGACAUACAUUUGGAAUAUAUUAAUAGUUGCAGGAGGAAUAAGUGGCCUUCCUGAAAAAAAACUUCUUUAUUUAAAAGGAGAAAAAACGAAACAAAAUAAAGAAACUGGACUGGAUUGAGUGACAAUAGCUGGCAUUAAUUGGACAGAUUGACUAUUUGUGGCUACUGUAAGCCCCUAAUCAAAGUGUUGUGAUGCGUAUUCCCGUAGAUCCCACUACGAGCCGGCGUUUUACUCCACCGUCCACCACAUUACCAGCAUCGGGAAAGAUGAGCGAUGUGAGCGGGAUGGUCCCUCACCAGGAGCCCGGGCCCGGAGUGGGAACAGCCGGGGCAGCAGCGGCGGCAGCGCUCGGCAGGUCUCUGAUCCGGCCCCAUGAGAACCGAACCAUGGUGGAUAUCAUUGCCGAUCAUCCAGCAGAGCUGGUCCGGACUGACAGCCCUAACUUCCUCUGCUCUGUCCUACCAUCCCACUGGAGGUGUAAUAAAACGCUGCCCGUGGCAUUCAAGGUGGUAGCCUUGGGGGAUGUUCCUGACGGCACUGUGGUCACCGUUAUGGCCGGCAAUGACGAGAAUUAUUCCGCCGAACUCCGCAACGCCUCGGCAGUAAUGAAGAACCAAGUGGCUCGUUUCAAUGACUUGCGCUUCGUGGGCCGAAGUGGAAGGGGUAAAAGUUUUACAUUGACAAUUACGGUAUUCACAAACCCACCUCAAGUGGCCACUUAUCACAGAGCUAUAAAGGUUACAGUGGAUGGUCCUAGAGAACCAAGAAGACAUAGACAGAAGCCUGAAGACCAGACCAAAGUUGGAUUAUUCUCAGAACGUCUCAGUGAAUUGGAACGCCUUCGCCAAACUGCAAUGAGAGUGGGUGCUACAACACAGAGCCCUCGUCCUUCUCUCAAUCCUGCACCAGCUUCUUUCAGUCCUCAGACAACAUCACAGAUUGCAGACCCCAGGCAGGCCCAGUCAUCACCACCGUGGUCAUAUGAUCAGUCCUACCCACCCUAUCUGAGUCAGAUGACUUCACCUUCCAUACAUUCCACAACCCCUCUCUCCUCCGCCCGUGCCACAGGGCUUCCUGCAAUCACUGCUGACGUGCCAAGACGACUUUCAGGUGCUACAGAUCUUGGUCCCUUCUCCGACCCAAGGCAAUUUGGUCUUUCGUCCCUCACAGAGAGUCGUUUCUCAAAUCCUCGAAUGCACUACCCAGCUGCCUUCACCUAUACACCAACUCCAGUUACAACUGGAAUGUCUUUGGGUAUGUCUGCAGCUACACAUUAUCACACCUACUUACCACCGCCCUACCCUGGCUCAUCCCCAAACCAAAGUGGACCCUUCCAGACCAGUAGUGCACCUUAUCUCUACUAUGGCACCUCUUCUGGAUCAUAUCAGUUCUCCAUGGUGGCAGGGGGAGAACGCUCACCCUCCAGAAUGCUGCCACCAUGCACCAGUGCAUCAACUGGUAGUACACUCCUUAAUCCCAACCUGCCCAAUCAAAAUGAUGGCAUUGAUGCUGAUGCUAGCCAUAGUAAUUCUCCCACUGUGUUGACUUCCACUGGGAGAAUUGAUGAGUCUGUCUGGAGACCCUAUUGACUCUGAAUACAUAACAAGUCAUCAUUUAAAUAGUGCCUAUUAUGCAGUUUUAACUGGAAAAACAUCUUAUCAUAAUAAGACUAUUGAGUGAAAGAACUAAUGCAGUAUUUGAGGAUAUUUCUGUACUGUGCAAGAUAUGCACAUCACAUUUUUUUUAUAAGUUCCUGAGUGAAUUUGUUAUCUUGUCCAAAUAUAUGAAGAACUUCAAGCUAUUCAGCAAAACCAUUUUUGUUUUAAAAGAUGUGCUUUCCCAGAACUGAAAGUGUACAAAUUGCAGUAAUUUAUAAACAAUUAUUCAAACAACAUCGAAAACAGCAAGAAAAGUGGCUAAAAACAAGAAGAAUACAAGGACUCUAAGCUUAAGAAGAUGAAAAGUCCUCCAAUAAACGGUUAUCCACUUUACCUUUUUUAAAAAUUGUCUAUGAGGGAACAGAGUUGACCAUUAGAAUAGUUGUAUCAGAAAUGUACAUGUAUGCACUCAGUUGUAACUAUGCAGAGGGGCAGAAUUUUUCUUUAUAGAUUUCCUGACAUAUUGCCUUUAAGUGUUAAUUGAAAUAAAUUGUUUUUGAAGUGCCGUUUAUCCAAGAAUGCCUGUUAAUUGAAUGUUUACUGCAAAUUUCAAAAGGACUGUCUGUUUUUGUAUUCUUUAAAUGCUUUUGUGUAUCUUUCAAACAAAAUUGCUUUCCAGUUUAAAACGAGGUAAAUGUCACCUGGCUUGAAGCAAUCGCACUCAACUUCGAUGUCAUUAAUGUUUCUAUUGAAAAUUGUUUACUCAAUAAUUGAAUGACUUCAUCGUGACCUAGCGACAUUAAAAUAGUAAUAUCUACAGCAGCAUCAUUACAAUUCAGUACUUUCAGCUGUCUAAACCCCUGAAAAAGGUGGCAGUUAUUAAUAUUAACAUUGUUGUGCUCUACUCAAAUGUGCUGCUUUAAUUAUAUGGGAAAAUAUAUAGCUGACCCAGUGAUAUCAAUAAAGGAAGAAAAUGUUCCAUGUUUCAAGCAGAUGUGCUUAAUCAAAAAAAUGCUGUUGUCAUAGAAAGUACUUUGUGUAUUUGAUACUCCAUUAUCUUUAAAGAAGCAAAUUCUGCGGCUACCACUGAGUAGUUAAUGUAGUUUUCCUUCGUAGCAGCAUUAACUAGAUUCACAUAGCAGGAGCUAGUGCGCUUCAGUUGAUUCAUCAUUUUACUGAAGUUUAGUUGACAUCUAUCAGUCUGCUAGGAAACCUGCAGCUGUAUCUGUCUUUAAAAAAAAUUAGAGAAAUAACAUUGCGCAAAAUCAGCCUGCCUUGAAGUACAAAUAAAAUGACAGAGCUAAGUAGUGUUUACUCUUCAUAAUUACUUCCUUGAGAUCCACUCUAAGUAGGUACUAAAGGAAUUGAAGUUCUUUCUUCCUUUAAUAUCAUGUCCAACUCUCAGUCUUGUGAGACCUUGUAUUGGUUCAGUCUUUGUUAGGGCAAAUGGAGAUGUGACAUUCGUAAAGAAUCUGCCAUGUAUCAAAGUAACCAAGAUACUUGAUAUGUUAAUCUUGAAAUCUGAUAAAUACAAUACUUGGGAAGAUCACACUUGGAAAUGUGUAUCUGAGUAUAAUUUAAAAGCACAAAAGUCAUGAGAGAUACGUGAAUGCAAUAUCUAUGUAUCCUAACGUUUCUUUAAAUUUCAAAUGAUUUGUUCUAGCCUAAAACUUAGACUUUACUAUUUUAUGUAUUAAAUAAGUCAAAUAUUUUUCAAUAUUUAGAUAGUACUUUUUUUUACUGCAAAUUUCUCUUGUGUGAAGCAUGCUUCUGUGGACCCAAGGUUCAAUAUGGCCAAUUUACAUUAAAGCUGGACAACUUUAUUGAUAUUAUUUAUUGCAAGUGGUAGCUUGAAGCAAACCACCAGUCUACAUUUAUAUAUCUGUACAGGUAAUGAGUUCAGGAGUUUUCAACAGAACUUGAGAAAGCAGGUGUCAGGUUACACAACUCAAGGUUGAGCUAGACAAGUCUUACUGCCGGUGCAAGCUGUUACCUAUUUAAUAAGAGGUACUUUAUUUGUUUAAUGUAAUUUUUAUUGCUAAGGUUGGGCUUUCAAAGAUUUAAAUAUGUUUUUUUAUAUAAAGUGAUUUUUUAAAAAAAGUACAUUUUGUUAAGAUGUGAUAUUUGUAGGGCUGCAGGCAGCAAUUUUGGAACCAAAUUUAAGAUUUUGUACAGUCAAAAGCACUUCGCAUCACAUCUGGCAUCCACCAAGUUAAUUCCCUAUGGCAAAGGUUUUAAUAAUCACAAUAUAUUUUGGACAUCAAACAAAGUGUAUUCAUCGCUUUCCCACUAGGAACAGGUUUUCUAUUGCAGAUGUAAACAUCCUUUGGGGUUUCCAUAAAGUUAGUUCUCUAUGGAACUGCUAACUCAAACUGUCAUUUGUAGUGCAGUUACAUGAUGCUUUAGACAUUUUACUAAUAAAUCUGGUGUUAGUGGGGGAUGCUCUUCAAUAAACUUUACAGUACAUUGAGAUAUCUUAAUGUACUGGUAGUACAUAAUCUGAGGUAUUAUAUCCUAGCAAAAAAAGGAGUUUAGUUUCCAAUCACUCCAACUGCACUCUAAUCACAACCAACAUUGCCUGUUUAUGUUUGAAAUGUUAAACUUAAGUAUGGCCCACAUUAUUCAUCAAUAAUAUAUUGAUUCCUUCGAUGAUGAGAUGUGAUUCUGCAGAGAUCCUUGGGAUAGCGCUGAAUAUCGGAGUUGUUAUUUUUCCAUUUUCCUUUCUCCAAUUUCACUGAAUUAUUUCACUGAAUAUUGUGCAGGUGUGAACUCUGUCAGAUGCUAAUCAAAAACUCUUAGCAGUGAAAAUCAGAAUUAUAAAGCCAUCUCUCUAAUUUUGUGUUGUUCACGAGAAUCUGUUUUCCUUCAGACCUUGGGUACUAGGAUUUUGCUAAGGAAGCAGAAGCACUGAUUCUAGCUGUAAGUCAAAAUUUUUGCUGAACAUAGCUUAUGUAAAUAAUUGAUUAAUGCAAUUUUGUCAAAAGGAAUACAUGAUACUUCUGAGUUUUUUUUAGCUGACAGUCAUUCUGCUGAUGUAACAUGCCAAUACUAGUGGCAUAUAGGCUUUGUCUGUUUACUGCUAAGAGAAAAUGUUUAUAUUUUCUUCUAGUCACAGUCAUGUUAAAAUGUGCACAUGACUGUUUAGCAUUAUGAAAGUAAUCUCUCAAAAUUGAAGUAGUGGAAAACAUCACCUAAUUCUGUUACAGGAAUUUAUGAAGUACAAUGAAAGGGAUCAGUAAUUUUUCACCAAUAAACAUUGAACAGGAUCUAGGCAAGUCUCAUCCCUCCCUAAUUUGAUACACAUUACCUUCAAUCCUGAAUUCUCUUUACAAACACAAAAAGAAUUCUUUUAUCAUAAUUUCAGCAGUUUACAAUACAGUUCAUAUUUUGUACUCUUUAUUUGUAGUCAUGAAAUGGAAAUCCUAGCUUUCUAACGUAAUUACUGCAUAGAUAGUUGAGCUCCAUGGAAAAAACAUAAAUUUUAAUUAUUCAUUUUUUGUGUAUGCAGAACAGAACAUUCUGCAGUUUUAAUUUCAAGGGUAUACUUACACUUCUGCCUUUUUAUUCUGUGAUUUUUGUGUUUUUUGUAUAAAUACAAGCUUUUUAUUGCUGUUAUUCAAUAAUUGCUUUGCACUGAAUAUACUGUACAAACGCAUUGAGUUUCAGGCCAUUGCCAUCAUUGAUUUAUGAAUCACUUUGCUACGUUUUAAAAGGGAAUAAUGCUAAGAUAAUGAUUUUUGUGUCACUAAAUUGCA